CCGCGGUUCGGGAUGCUGCUGCCUGCUCGCGAGCCGCCUUCCACGCUUGCCCCCGCCGCCGGGGCCGCGCCUCGCUGUUUACAUGCCGGUGGAGCCCGGGCCCCCCGAAGGUGAAAGUAGCCGGCUCACAGGACUGAUUCCUCAGACCCCGGGCUCCGGACUCGGAUCCUCUCCUGCCCCGCAGCCUCCGCCGCCAUCUGGACUGGAUCCGGCUCUGGUGUUUUUGAGGAGGGGGGUGUGGUGUCGGGAAAGGAAUCCCGAGGAUUUCUGGGAUUCUCUCUCUCUUUUUUUUUUUCCUUUUUGCCCUGCGGGCUUAAGACUCAGGGAACUCGCUCAUGGCUUUUUUGAUGAAGAAGAAGAAAUUUAAAUUCCAAACCACCUUCACCCUGGAGGAGCUCACUGCGGUCCCCUUCGUGAACGGGGUCCUCUUUUGCAAAGUCCGGCUGCUGGAUGGCGGGGAUUUUGUCAGUUUGUCGUCUAGGGAGGAGGUGCAGGAGAAUUGUGUACGGUGGCGAAAGAAAUUUACCUUCGUGUGUAAGAUGAGUGCCAACCCGGCCACAGGCCUGCUGGACCCCUGCAUCUUUCGGGUGUCUGUGCGCAAGGAGCUGAAAGGCGGGAAGGCUUAUUCCAAGCUGGGCUUCACUGACUUGAACCUGGCUGAGUUUGCAGGCUCAGGCUCCACCGUGCGCUGCUGCCUAUUGGAGGGAUAUGACACCAAGAACACCCGCCAGGACAACUCCAUCCUCAAGGUCACCAUUGGCAUGUCCCUGCUCUCUGGAGACCCCUGUUUCAAGACGCCACCAUCUACUGCCAAGUCCAUCUCCAUCCCGGGCCAGGACUCCUCCCUGCAGCUGACGUGUAAAGGUGGUGGGACCAGCGGCGGCGGCGGCGGCGGCAGUAGCACUAAUUCCCUGACUGGGUCCCGGCCCCCCAAGGCCCGACCCACCAUCCUGGGUUCAGGACUGCCAGAGGAGCCAGACCAGAGCCUGUCUAGUCCUGAGGAGGUGUUCCACUCUGGCCACUCCCGCAACCCCAGCUAUACCAGCCAGCAGUCCAAGCUGUCAGGCUACAGCACAGAGCACUCUCGCUCCUCCAGCCUGUCUGACUUGACACACCGAAGAAACACGUCCACUAGUAGCAGCACCUCUGGUGGCCUCAGCAUGGCUGUAGAGGGUCCUGAGGGCACCGACAGGGAGCACCGGCCCCCUGAGAAGCCACCUCGUCCUCCUGAGAAGCCCCCACGACCCCCACGGCCCUUGCAUCUGUCAGACCGCUCGUUUCGUCGAAAGAAGGACUCAGUGGAGAGCCACCCAACCUGGGUGGAUGAUACUCGCAUUGAUGCCGAUGACAUUGUGGAGAAGAUAAUGCAGAGCCAGGACUUCACUGACGGCAGCAAUACUGAGGACAGUAACCUUCGGCUAUUCGUGAGCCGUGAUGGCUCCACCACACUGAGUGGCAUUCAGCUGGCCAACAGAGUCUCCUCUGGAGUCUAUGAGCCAGUCGUGAUUGAAAGCCAUUGAGGGAUGAGGUGGCCAGCUGAAGAAGGGCCCUGCCAUCUCUUGUACCCAGGCCAACGGCAUUCCUGGAGGAGCAGGAACCUGCCCUUCGGAUCUGCUCUGCAUUGCGUCUGUGCCUCCUUGUACUCUCGCCACACCAGCCCCCAAAGCAUCAUUCCAUUGUCCUCUCAUCCACCCUGGAA